UAGGGUUGCCAUCUUUCCGGCUUCUUUUACUCGCCUUUCUUUAUCUUUUAUGGUUGCCCUUCCUCUGGAGAUAAUGCGCGAGGAACAGGGACGAAGAACACUGCUACCACUGGCGCGGAGGAUUUCGCCUAGAAUCUGGUGAUGGAUUGUUGAAAUUAUGGAUUCCUGACGCUCGCUAGGGCCGGGAAGAAGCCAGCAGCGAUCCGUCGAUGGCAACGAGCGUCAAGAACGAGCUCCUGGCGGCGUCCCCCCCUCCAUUCCACUGGCCGGCGUCGAUCUUCUCACCUCCUCCUCCUCAAUCGCAGCAUUCUCUGGCGAUGCGCGAAGAUUGUGGCAGCGGCGUGUGGGAUCACUGCUCCGCGGCGGCUGGAUCGGGCGCUCUCUCGCCGCUGAGCGAGUAUCUCAUGCAGCCGGACGAGGAAAUCUUGUCCAUGUCCUCGCUCGAUGCCGCUAGCAGCAGCUUCCAGUCGGGAUUGACGACGGACGAGGAGGAGGAGCAAGGGUUCUUUGCCGGAUUAUCGGCGAAUUCUUGCUCCUCGGCCUCCUCCUCGGCCUCCAACACGUCCCCCUCCUCGGCCUCUCACCACUACCAGCAAUUCGACCCCAACAGCCCGCCCGGCAACGUCCUCCUCCACUCGGUGGUGCGCUCCAAAAUCCACGAGAUCAACAGCAGGCUCUUCGACGACGAGGACGACGGCAUCGAUCAGCUCAUCACGACCGACGGCGUCGUCAUCGAUUCCUCGCCCUCGCUGGAGCAGCAGCACGGCUACCAGCCCGUGGCGAUGCCGCCGCCAGCGCCGAUUCUCCCAUUCCGCUCACACCAGGACUCGUUUGGGACGAUACGAUCGUUCGAUUUCCAGCAGCCCAUCCAGCCGGCCUUCGCGAGCUGGACGCACGGUACGUGGCACGUCCACCCCACGGUGCCGCCGCCGCUGCCGCCGGCGGUACGCGGGCCGGCGUGGCAGCACCGCGGAGGUAUACCGCACGGUACGGUGCCUGUGCCGCCGGCGCCGGCAAGCACCGUGGCGGUACAGGGCGGUAUACCGCACGACGGCUCCCAGGACCCACAGGUGCUACUCGUCCAGCUGCUAGUGAUGUGCGCCCACGCGGUGGCGGAGAAAAACGCGAGCAUCGCCCAGAUGAUAUUGGCGCGUCUCAGGCAGCACACUGGGCCGGAGGGGACGCCCAUGGAGAGGCUGGCGUCCUACUUCACCGAGGCGCUUGCCGCGCGGAUCGAUCAGUCCACGGGCUCUGCGCUCUUCAAGGGCCUGCUCAGCGACAAGCUGCUCGAGUCGGAUGGAUCCACGCAGGCCAGCAUGCUCGAGGCGUUCAGCACCUUCUACGACUACCUCCCCAUCGGCAAAUUCGACCACCUCACCAUGAACCAGGUAAUCCUCGACGCCGUGGAGCGCGAGCGCGCCAUCCACAUCCUCGACCUCCAGCUCUGGUUUGGCACCCAAUGGCCGGCGCUGCUGCAAGCUCUCGCAACUCGCCCCGGAGGACCACCUAGAGUGAGGAUCACGGCAGUGGGCUCUUCCGCGGACGAUCUAGCAGCCACUGGCGACAAGCUCCACGAGUGUGCCAAGACGCUGCGCGUCCAUCUCGAGUACAAGGCCUUGCUACUGCCCAAGGCGGACAAGUUCCAUGCCGGGCUCGUCAACCUCCAUCCCGGCGAGGCCUUCAUCGUCAACAGCCUCAGCCAGUUCCACUACCUCCUGCAGCCCUCCACUUCCGACUCGGACACCUCCUUCGGCGGAUUCAUGGCUCACAUCCGAGCUCUCCGGCCCAAGGUGCUCGUCAUGGCGGAGAACGACGCCAGCCACAACAGCUCCGACUUUCUCAAGCGAUUCGGGGAGUGUCUCAAGUACUACUCGGCGGUGUUCGACGCCAUGGCGACGUGCGCGAGCUCGCCCAGCGGGAGGUUGAAGAUGGAGAGGCUCUUUGCGGCGCCAAAGAUCCGGAACAUCAUCGCGUGCGAGGGGCCUAACCGGGUGGAGCGUCACGAGAGCAUGGCGGACUGGAGCAAGCGGCUGGAGGUGGCGGGGUUUCGGCCAUCGCCGCUCAGCCAGAGGGCCGUCAACCAGGCCAAGCUGCUACUCCGCCUCUACUACACGAAUGGCUACACGCUCCACAGCGAGAGAGGCUCGCUGGUUCUCGGGUGGAGGAAUUUGCCGCUCAACACGGUAUCGGCCUGGAGAGUCGCGUGAUCUCUUGAAAGUUGGAUCGAUCGAUCGAUGGGACAAUGGAAAGUUUUCUCUCUUUUUACUUUCGUUUUUUUAUCAUAUCACUUCGGUCUUCGAUUCAACAAAGCGAGUUGGCUCUCUGCAAGCUUGGAACGAUCGAUCCAUCGAUCGGAUUUUUAUUCGAGUAGAGACUGAAAGAAAUUGUGGUUUGUAGCUUUUUCCCAAUUGAGCUCCCCUGUGCAUAGGAUUUGGCAAGGAAUCCAAUAAGAUUCGCUCUA